AUGGUUGCACCAAAGUGCGUGGCUCAUCUGUCCGUCUUGCUCAUGGUCUUCGCCAGUGUUAUCUCUUACGUUAUCAUGAUCGACGCGUUCAGGUUGGCGCACGUAGUCCGCUUGACAGAGCCAGCUCCGACGGAGCAGUUCCCAGCGGCAUCUACCGCAGUAGCAGGCACGACCGCUGAGCGACUGGCGAGCAGCAGUACUGUCAACGAUGGGCUGGGCGCUACCAGGGCUGAAGCCAGCACUGGUACCAGCACCAGUACCAGCACCAGUACCAGCACCACGACCAGCACCACGACCAGCACCGGUGACAUGGCAUCCGACCAAGUCGUCGUCAACAUCGGAACAAGCCUGGAGAACAACAAGUGUGUAAACGCUACACCAUCAGUCAGUUGUGACGUUGACGCUGCCCAGCACGGAUCCAGGCUCAACAGAGAUUUGCCCAGGUCGACAGACGAAUUCCAUGUGUUUGCGUACGGCAGUCGAGUUUGCGUGAAACGUACCGACGACGUUGUGAGUGGAUGGGGUAUGAAUUUAACGAUCAGGUGUACGAGGUCGGCUGCGGCAGUCACCAGCCCGAUCACGAAUCACAUACCGCGCCGACAUGUGCAGGCGUGGCUUGAAGAGAUGUAUCCUAAACCAGAGCCGCAACUGCUUCACGCGAGGCUAUCGUUUCAGAACACGUCGGCUUUUCCAGACAAGCCGUUGGUAUCCAUAGCGGCUAUGUGCGAUUGGCUGUUUAUACAGGACACGACUGGCCCGCGCUUCCCCCUGCAAAUCGUGAGGCUCCGCUCGCCCCCAAGGAUUAUUUUCUUGGACUUGAGGUUGGACUUGAAAAUGAUGAUCCGCUUACUCAAGUACGAGGUGUUUCCCUACAUCGAUAAGCCGGUCGUGGCCCUCACCACGUCGCAAGACAGGACAAUUCCACAGUAG